UUUAUAGUGAUAUAGGAUAAUAGGGCAUUUUACAAUGUAUUUACAGAAUUGAAUGCUUUUUACAAAAAAAAAAUGGAUUCACAAACUAGGGAUAUUUGUGAACAUCAAUCUGUAUCAAACGACGCAGCUUUGUUACAACUUAAAGAUAAUUCUGAGGGCUAUUCUGUGGAUAAUAUAAAAGAUAAAUCAAACGAAUUAGAACCAACAACAUCUUCAAGUACAAAUGAAAUCUUAAGUAAUCCUGAAAAUACUCAAAACAGUAAUCUUAACACAACAAUAGAUCCAGAGCCAUAUAAAAACUUUCACUUAAAAUUAUAUGCAGAAGAUAAAGGUCCCAAAUGGUACCCUGUCAGAGGUAAAAUAGUUACACCACCAAUUAUCACAAAGAAUCUGCCAGAAGCAUUUAAGUUUAUGCCUAUAUUUGGAGCACCUAAAAGUAGGCUUGAAUUGCAAGAUUUUCAGAAUGCCAAAGUUAGAGAAUAUGUGGGAUGUGAUUUAGGUGAUGAAGAAUUUAACAAACUUGCAUCUUACUGCAGUCCUAUGCAUUUAAAAACUGGAGCUGAAUUAGUAAUGCCAACCACUUAUCCAACACAAGGCCCAUUACCAGAUAAAAAUGUGGAUAAUCUAGAUUUAGAUGGAGCAGGUGAAAAUCUUUGUAUUGUAAAGAAGUUGAAACUUAGAAUCGAAAAAGAUGUUAAUAACCACUAUACAAGAAAGCUUAAGUACAGAGGUGUUCGAGUUAUACCACCAUCGCUGGAUGAUGACUACAAAAUUCCUCUAACACCUUUGGAGCCCGGUAAAGACCUAGUAUUUCAUAUAAGGGUAUAUCGGCCCUUCUACUGCAAUGGAAGAUUUAGAAAUAACACCCGCCAUUCGAUAUUUAGUAACGAAUUAGUGCUGUUGGGCAGACACAAGUUGUCGGUGUUGCGCGACCACAUCGUGUGCGCCAACGACGUGGGCAUGCGAGUGGACGUCUCAGAGAACCCGGACGAUCUGCCCACCACCUCCGCCAAGGAAGUGUUCCCGUCUGGUUUCCUGUUCAUAAAUAAUGUAUUUUAUGUGGACAUGCGCAAGGGAUGCGUCGACUACUCAAAGCCCAUUCGCGAAUGGGCCGUCAAGAGAGGCUUAGGAGAAUUUCCCCACAAAGACAUGACCGAAGUGACGUUAGACCAAAUCGUCAUUAGACUCGGCCAUCCAGAUGUGUACGUGCACCAAGGGCGCUGCGAGCACCCGCUGUCGGUGUCGCGCGUGCGCGUGCUGCGCGCGGACGAGUGCCGCGCGCGCUGGCCGGCGCACGGCGCGCUGUCGCACAACCAGACCGUGUACUGCGCCACGUGCGCGGAGUUCGGCGCGCGCUGGAUCGUGACGGGCUGCGAGCGCGUGCCCUUCGACCCCGCCUUCUUCUGCGACACGUGCCUCAAGCUCUACCUCUACCGGGACGGCAAGAAGAUCUGCUCCUUCCGCGCCUACUCCUACCGCGGCAACGAGCUCAACCUCCUCAAGCCGCCCGGCUGAGCGCGUGCCGUGGCGUCUGCUGUCAUAGUUAUCUUACGCCGACUAAUUUUGUUAAAAUUCAUUUUUUAGGACUGAUAAGAACUAUGAUUUCUAUCUAUGUAUCUUCAGAGACCUAACGUGAAGACGUAGAUCAGUUUGCAGUAUUUCAUUGUUUCUUUAGUUAUCUUGAUAAGAUCGUGUGUUUACAUUCGGCUCGUUGCCAUGUAAGUUUAUUGUAAUAGUUAAUAAGCUAAUGUAAAUAAAGUACGACGUGUAUAUUACACUUGAAAAUUAGAAUAAUUGUUAACACUAAAAUAAGAAGAUUUUUUAUCCUGUGAUAUGAAAUAAAUAGUUACACAUUAUUAAGCGAUUGA